AUGGACAACGCCUCUCAGACUCAGAAGCAAUGGCGAUGUGUGUUGGUUAUCAUUAUCGAGAUAUCCUUGGACACUUGUGAGUUGAAGAUGGGGGAUGCAUGGGACAGUCGAAUUCCAGAUUACUCUUUGAAGCGGUUCGGCUGUGGAGUUUGUGGAAAUGGGCCUGGACCUUCCAGAAGCUUCCUAGUCCUUUUUUUGGCCGACGUGCUCCGUACUCCGUACAUAUUUACGACGCUUUGGAAUGCCACGCGCCGUGAUUAUGUCGGGAACUUUGAUCACUCUUUAGAAAGUUCCCGCAUGGGGGCGGACGACACGGUAUUCGCGGAACUAAUGGAGGCACUCGACUUCCAGCCCGUGCGACUCGAAGCCGUUGAAAGUGUGUCAUAG